UUUGUCUUUGCUAGAAGGGAUCCAAUAUGUGUCCAAAUAACUUCAAAUUUGACUUUUCGUUUUACGCUUCGAACACACCGACUGUGUUUUGCGUUUUGAUACACCAGAAGUACAUUCAUUUCCAAUGGAACCUGCGUUGGCCUUGCAGCAUGGAUUUAUCGAACGUAUGCAUCAAAUUGUAUGCGUGGAUUUACUUGACAGAAAGCAGCAAAAUGUGAAUGUUGAAUUUUUGAUGCACACAUCCAGUAAACAAAUUAUAUAAUUUAUUCGAUGACAUCCACAAAUUAAUUAUGAGAGCCUAUAAUAUAAUUUCCCUCCAAAAUGCAGUUUUGGAGCGAAAUGCAAUAAUAAAUAGUCAACAGUGAGACCAACGUUGAGGAAGUUGGUCUUGAUCGCGCCUGUUGGGCCGUGACCAGCCCCGCCGAAAGCAGAGGUCUAGAGAUGGUUAAAGUCCCGAAAGCAGCCGGGGGAGUUCCACGGUCUCAUUCAAGACCUUCGACUGGAGAGGAAUUCCGACAUUACUUUCGUCUGGACCGAAGCCAGUUCGAUCACCUGCUCCAGAUGGUUGGAGCCAGGAUCGCCCGGGAGUCCAUCAGCCCUGACGAUUUGUCUCCGUCGUCUGUCUGCGGUAAGAUCAUGGAGCUGCUUGGCCAGAACAAGAUUGACCAUCACCAGCGCCAGGUGGCCAUUCUCAGCCAAGACAGCUUCUACAGGGUCCUCACACCGGACCAGAAGGCCAAGGCACUGAAGGGACAGUUCAACUUCGACCACCCAGAUGCAUUUGACAAUGAGCUCAUCGUCAAAACGUUGUGGGACAUUUUGGAGGGCCAAACAGUGCAGAUCCCAGUGUAUGACUUUGUCACCCAUUCCAGGAAGGAAGAGGCGGUGACGGUGUACCCAGCAGAUGUGGUGCUGUUCGAGGGCAUCCUGAUGUUCUACUCCCAGGAGAUCAGGGACCUGUUCCAGAUGAAGCUGUUUGUGGACACAGACGCAGACACACGGCUCUCACGCAGGGUGCUCCGAGACAUCAGCGAGCGAGGAAGGGACCUGGAGCAGGUGCUAACGCAAUACAUAACCUUUGUUAAGCCCGCCUUCGAAGAGUUCUGUCUGCCAACCAAGAAGUGUGCUGACGUGAUCAUUCCUAGAGGAGCAGAUAAUCUUGUUGCCAUAAACCUUAUAGUUCAGCACAUCCAGGACAUUCUGAACGGUGGUCUGACCAAACGCCUGAACGGCAGCCUUAACGGUUACGGAACUCCCCGGAAACGGCAGGUGUCAGAGUCCAGCAGUCGGCCCCACUAACUGCACCGGCCCUCUCUGAACACCAGGGAGCUGGGGAUCGAUGGAAGAGGGCUCAUCUGUACAUACCUACCACCUGUCUGCUACACUGUAUUUAAAUAACAAACAAAAAACAACAACUUAAAAAAAAAAAAAAAACUCUCUAGCAAGAAUAUGCAAGGCCUUCAUUUGAUUCGUUUUUUUUGACUGGAUGAUGAAAUGUUUUGUAAGGGAGGAAGGAACUGUUUCAGUUCAAAGGUGAAGCAGUUAUUUUAUUUAUGUAUUUUUAUUUGAUAUUCUGGCCCCUUUUUGAGCUUGCAGAUGAUAAUAAAUGAGGAGGAAGUUGGGUUGAGCUUGA